AUGGUUUCUUCUAAAGCUGCAGUUAUAAAUAAAAGAGGAGAGUCUCCAAUAAUUAAGCAGAUUGAAGUUAAUGCGCCCGAGGAUGAUGAAGUCACAAUUAAAACAAUUGCGGUUGGAUAUCACCAUUUAGUGGUUGGGCGUGCCACUGGAGCACAUUAUUCAGCUUCGUCUGAUGUAAAUGUACCAAUUGGGGUAGAUGGUGUUGGAUAUAUUAAUGGAACUAAAGAUUUAGUGUAUUUUACGACUUUUGCGCCCGGCAGGGGAGCUUACUCCGAAUACAUAAAUGCAAAGAAGGAUGAUAUAUUUCCAUUUCCUAAGGGAUAUACUUCCAAGGAUGCAAUUUCCCGGGUGGCAGCGCUCAGUAAUGGAGUAAUGUCUAGUUAUCUCUCGCUUCAUAAAAGAGUUCCAGACUUGAAGAAGAAUGCAACUAUUGCUAUUUUGGGAGUCACUGGAGUAGGCGGUAAGCUAGCAAUUCAAUUAGCCAAGAACGUGUUCGGUGCUAAAAAGGUCAUUGGCCUUGCAAGAUCGCAAGCCAAGUUAGACAAGCUAAAGGAAUCCGAGCCAUUGUUGGAUGCUGUGAUUUCAUUUGAGGAGAGUGAUGAGGAAAUCCUAAAGAAUAAGCUUCUUGAAGAUGUCGAUGUUGUCUUAGACUACAUUUGGGGUAAAGCAGCUACCAAAUUCUUGGGUCUUAUAACGAAGUCUAAAUCUGUCUCCAGUAACAAACAGUACUGGAUUCAAAUUGGUCUGAUUGGGGGCGAAAGUGCAGAGAUCCCAGCUUCCCUUUUGAGAAGUUCGAAUAUUGAAAUUUUAGGGAGUGGAAUAGGUCCCUAUUCUCAAGAGGACAUGAAGGAUGUCUUACAGAGAUCUACAGAAGAGCUCGCUAAGGGAUCGCUUAGUGUCGAGACACGUCAAGUUCCAAUUGAAGAAAUAAGUGACAUAUGGGGCCAACCUUGGGACAAUAAUGCUAGAAUAUAUUUUACUUUCUAA